GUCUGUUAUCUCAUUCUCAGACAUAAUUAGGGAGUCAACCAAAUCGCACGUCACCUCCUUAUGUACGGAUAACAGACUAGAACGUCAAGGACAUGGACUCAGUCACUUGGCCCAUAUUAUAGUUGCCUCCACAGUUCCGAACAUUUGGCCUGACUCAGGACUCCAUGUCUACAAAGAAUCUUGCAACAUCUUGGGCCAGAUUUCGUUCCACACCUGGACGCAUCGCUAGAUAUGUGCUUAAUGCAAGAGCAUUAAGUACUGAGAGCCCUUGCGCUUCCCGGACGAUCUCGCAGUCCCCAACUCUGGGUCUACAAAAUGGUAGAGACCUCUUCAACUACACCAGGGGCCGUUUCAUAACUGACGAGCAGUUUGAGCUGUCUCAACGAUGUGUUGAUUUCAAUGUAGACGCAUUAGCUCGAUGCGCAGCUGAAACUGUGGGAGCAGAGUCUUGCAUCAGCAUCGAGAAAUAUCCGGACGGCAUGUAUAAUAAAAGCAUGCUUCUCACCAUGGAUAACGGCUCUCAAGUGGUUGCGAAAAUUCCCAAUCCAAAUGCUGGCAUACCUCAUCUAACCACUGCAAGUGAAGUUGCUACCAUGGAGUUUAUUCGGGAGAAACUUGGCACCCCUGUUCCUAAGGUAUUAGCUUGGAGCUCGCGGGCUCAGAGCAACCCAAUCGGUGCUGAGUAUAUCAUUAUGGAAAAGGCCAGCGGUGUCGAGUUAGAACAAAUUUGGCCAUCUUUGGAUAUCAAGGAGCGUUUUGCCGUUGUUAAAGCUGUCGCAGGCUACCAGAAAUCCUGGAAUUCGAUUUCCUUUAAGAAAUUUGGCGGGUUGUACUAUAAAAAGGACCUUGAUAGUGACACUGGGAAUGAUGCACUAUACGUCGAUGCAGAUGGUCAUGACAUUGUUGAUACCAAAUACGCCAUUGGCCCAUCGCCCGGGCGCGAAUGGAUUGAUAAUGGGCGAGUCAACAUCAAACUUGACAGAGGUCCAUGGAAGACACUGACUGAAUUCCACUCAGCUAUUGGCAAGCGCGAGAUAACUUGCAUCAAUCAACUGCCUCACCUCCCGAAGUCCCCCGUUACCCUCUAUGGUCCAGGCAUCUAUAUCCCCACUCGCGAAAGAAAACUUGAAGCUUUGCACUGCUACAUGACCUUACUUGAUGCGAUAGUACCAUCUAAUUCGGCUAUUUCAUCGGCGCAUUUAUGGCACGAAGACCUGCACGUUGCCAAUAUCUUUGUCAAUCCGUCUAACCCCGCAGAGGUCGUCAGUAUUAUAGACUGGCAAUCAACUGAGAUAUCUCCGCUAUACUUCCUGGCCCGUCAGCCUCACCUUAUUGACCACGCUGGAACCCCGGUCACCGGGAUAGAGCGACCGCAGUAUCCUGCAGACUUCCACAGCAUGGAUCCGGAAGCUAAAAAAGCCGCAGAGACCCGGUACUUUCAGCGAUCGCUCUGUGCGUUAUACAAUUUCUGGGUUUAUAAGGCCAAUCCGAAGCUCCAUGCUGCGUUCGAAUUCCAGCGUACCCCAGAGUUCUCCCUGCUUCUGCUGGCACGCAACAUCAUCAUCGACGGGGAAGCCACAUAUCUUGCACAAGUACUCGAGUUAGAGAAGCUAUGGGACACACUUCCUGGCGCAAAAAAUAAGAGUUUUCCAUUAAACUUCUCCACCCAGCACCGGGCACGCAUUGCUGCUGAGUUGGAAGGCGCAGAAGAAGGAAUGAACUUGAUGAGUUCAAUCCGAGAUUCUAUCGGUGAACUAUUUCCUGAACAGGGUAUUGUCAGGCAUGACCAAUAUGAUGAAACUCUCGACGCUCUGGCACAGAUGAAAACACAGAUCAUCGAGCAAUUUGCUAAAAAUGAGCAGGAGAAAGAAGAAUGGGAAAGGCUUUGGCCUUUUGGACAGUGACACAUUGCGCUCUAAGUGGUUCACGUCUCGUCUAUCGAGCCUUCCCGAAUGACGGGGCAUCAAUGCGGUAUGUAAGAUUGCUUAAUCUUUUCUAUGUGGUUGGUCCAAAGGCUUAUAUGCCUGUAGUGUGGUCAAAACCCCGUUACGGAGUAUCCGCAGUGGUCAAGUGAAAAUCAAAGUCGAAUAUCUCAAGUUAGCCAAUAUGUAAAUUGUAAUUGUAGUAGUAGAUAUCCGCUCAUUCCUAAUGUCGCAUGCAUGGCGCUCAGAUAUUGGCUGGGCUUACGAUGCUCGACGUCGUUCGCCUCAACCUCAUAAAAUCGUAUUAGU